CACGCGCAUCUCCGUCCCCCCGCGCGCGUCGACGGCCCCGCCCGCGCUGCAGCCGCCGCCGCUCGCGCAGCUGUCGCUGGACGCGCAGGAGAAGGCAGUGAUCGAGGACCUGCUGUUCGUGUUCAUGGGCUUCGAGGGCCAGUACAUCCGCUUCGCCGACGCCUACAACCCGCACGACGAGAAGGCCCGCCUGCUGGGCCCGCAGUUCCAGCUGCUGCCCGGCCUGGACCCCAGUCUGACCGACCUGGCCCGCGCCAUGCUGCGCACCGCCACCCACUACAUUGCCGUCGAGACGUGCGUCGAGGUGCUGAGCCGCGACCAGUACGGCGCCGUCAACCACGCCCUGUGCGCCGCCGUGCGCCGCCUGCUCAAGGACUACCUGACCCUGAUCGCCCAGCUGGAGCACCAGUCGCUGACCAACGGCGCCUUCACCCUGCACGUCCUGAACCUGCACAUGAAGCAGACGAGCCACAUGCUCUUCCAGCUGUACACCACCGCCAUCGAGCUGCUCAAGGCGAACGGCAUCCUGGAGGACGACAAGGACGACGAGACCGACGACGACACCAACGACUUUGAGAACAUCCUCGAGUCGCUGCGCGAGGGCGGCGCCACCGUCAAGAAGAUGUGCAAGGGCGGCAGCGUGCUGGGCCUGAUCACCAAGCGCCUGGCGUCCAUGUCUGGCGAUCCUGCCGCGAGGACCCUGCUCACAACACUGCUUCGAGAGGCGAGCAGACCGUACAUGGCCAUGCUCAACGAGUGGCUGCACCAUGGCGGCAUCAAGGAUCCACACGCCGAGUUUCUGGUCAAGGAGCAGCGCAGCAUCAAGCGCGAGCGAUUGGAUCAGGACUACACAGACGAGUACUGGGAGAAGAGGUACACCAUCCGAGACGCACUAGUACCGCCACAGCUGGAGGCCGUCAAGGACAAGGUGCUGCUGGCCGGCAAGUACCUCAACGUUGUGCGCGAAUGCGGCGGCGUCGACGUCAGCAAGCGCGUUGAGGACGCGCCGACAAGCUUCGACGACCCACGAUUCCUCGACAAUGUCAACUCUGCAUAUGCUUCCGCCAACUCUUCGCUUCUCAAUCUCCUCCUCACCACACAUCAACUGCCUGCGCGACUACGCUCGCUCAAGCACUACUUCUUCCUCGACCGCUCCGACUUCUUCACCUACUUCCUCGAGAUGGGCGAGCUGGAGCUCAAGAAGCCAGCAAAGCACGUCAAUGUUGGCAAGCUGCAGUCGCUGCUCGACCUUGCCACUCGACACGCCGGUUCGGUGGCCGUAGAGGACCCCUACAAAGAGGACAUCAAGGUCCAGAUCAACGACGUCGGCCUGACAAACUGGCUGAUGAAGAUUGUCAACGUGCAAGGCCUCGACCAGGAAGCCGCGACGUCAAUAUCAAACUACACCCCCGCGAACACCGACAACAUCACAAACGACAAGGACAUUACGGGAUACCAAGCGCUGGUAUUCGACUACAACAUGCCCUUCCCGCUGUCGCUCGUCGUCAGCCGCGUGACCCUCACCCGCUACCAGCUGCUCUUCCGCUUCCUGCUCAGCCUGAAGCACCUCGAAACCGACCUGGCCAAGUGCUGGGGCGAGCAAGGCAAGAACUCGAUGUGGAAGCACCGCUCCAAGAACCCGCGCAUCGAGCAGUGGAAGCGCCGCGCCUGGACGCUGCGCGCCCGCAUGAUGGUCUUUGUGCAGCAGCUCACCUACUACUGCACCGCCGAGGUCAUCGAGCCCAACUGGGUGUCUCUCAUGUCGCGCUUGCGCGAAGAGGGCAAGGCGAGCAAGGCCCCCGGUGCCGGCGAGGGCGUCAAGCGCACCGUCGACGAGCUGAUGCAAGACCACGUCGACUUCCUCGCGACGUGUCUGAAGGAGUGCAUGCUGACCAACAGCAAGCUGCUCAAGAUCAACAACAAAAUAAUGUCCACCUGCAACAUGUUCGCCACCUUCACCUACUCGCUCUCGCGCUACCUGAUCACCAGCGACCCGCACCUCGUCGCCUCGGUCAACGCCACCCUGUCCCCCUCCCCGGGCGACGCCACCUCCUCCCGCCACGCCCACGCCGUCUUCGACCCCCACCGCCUCGACAAGAUGUUCGACAUGCUGACCAAGUACGAGGACAGCUUUACGCGCCAUCUGAAGAUUCUGCUGGAUACGCUGAAUUAUCUGGCGGCCACGGAGACGGUGGUUUUUCUGCAGCUGUGUGCUAGGUUGGCGAGUGCGGGGGAGGGGUUGGGUGGGCUGGGCGGGCUGGUGGGGGUUGGUGUGUAGUGAGAAUCCAGGGAGGUGGAAGUCAAGGGGGCAGACGUCAGAUGUCAGAUGUUAGAUUUUGGAUGU